AUGUUGUCCCCACCCCACUGUGUCCAGGGUCAGAUCUGCAGGGCGGAGCUGGAGAAAUGGUCCAGUCAGAUGUACCAGGAGCCUGAGGUCAUGCCAGAGGAGGUCCACAUGUUUGACCUGGACUGCUUUUUGUCCGACAUCUCUGACACCCUGUUCACCAUGACCCAGAAGCCCUGCCCGUGGGCCAACGACCGGCACAACAGUGAGUACCACACCACAACGGCCAUUCUACUUACCUGUAAACUACUUAUCUACCUACGUCUAUUAUACUUAGAGGAACCCUUUUAGUGUCUACAGAAGCCCUACAGAAGCCCUGUCUAUGAUACUUGUAACACUAUGAUACAAAUCCCUACAAAAUUCAACAUUUUGUCUUCUUCUUUUUAUUUGAUCGACAAAAAUAACAGAAUACUCCGCUUACUAUUUAUCCGACCUAUGGUCAUGUGAGACAAUAAUGCAGGAAAGAAAACCGCCCAACAAAUGAGGAACUUGCAAAUAAAUAAAUGAGGCUAAAGAUGCAAACAGAGGCCCACACCCACUCUCUCCCUGUCUCUGGUAUGUUUCUCUGUAUGUGACAGUAGUGUUCUACUUCAUCCCCCCUCAGCGUACACCAGCAAUGCUGACAUGAUCCAGCCAGGUCUCACCCCACUGCAGCCCAAUCUAGACGACUUCAUGGAUAUCCCAGGUAUUGUGAGUGUGUGUGUGUGCUGGAUUUCUCUAGCGGUUUACACACUGUCAGGUCUACCCAAUCCGUUCCUGGCUGGCUCAGACGUUUCUUUCAUGACCAAGUCGCUCUGGAUAAGAGCGUCUGCUAAAUGACUCAAAUGUAAAUGGAAUGACUUCUUCGAUCUCUUAAAGCGAGCUGCAGCUGGCCCGGCAAGAUAUCUAGUGCCAGUGCUGCUUGUAAGCGUGCUCUGUCUUUAGUUUGAUAUGCCUACACACCAUUGGUGAUUGCCAUACCUUGUACAUAUAAUCAAAUUAUUUUGCUGUCCUUCUUAACAAAUAGUAGACUUGACAGUCCUUCUAAGCACAAAAUGUGCUUGAGACAGGGGACAGAAACACUUCCCACUGGGCACACCAUGUCUUUUCAACAUGGACAUUUGGGUAAUAUUUGGUUGAGAUGUUGAUCAAUGAGAUUUCAACCUUUAUUCACAGACUCAAAAAGACAGCCAGAAGUUUGUUGAAUUCCCAAUGUGUUAUCACUAUUUUUUCAACCUUCUGAAAGCACAACAAAAUUGAAAUGGAAAAACAAUGUCAGAUUCUUUGUAUUUAUUCAACAAUGUAAUGUGUUAUCACUGUGCUUCAUCUAAUAGCACAACCAAAAGACCUGGAUUGCAGUUGAGAUUACAUUAAAAGUACAUAGUGCAAGUGAUCAAUGCUGUUCAAGGGUCUGCACAGAUUAUUAUAGCAAUUGUGACGACCACAGACCUGCGACCUUUGCAUGCUAUCUUGAACAUGCACGCUUAUGAUUACAUAAGAAGACAUUUAUAGUUAUACUAACCUCAAAAUGUAGCCAUGGAUGUUACUCAUUUUAACAUUGAAUAAAUACAGGUACAUUAGUUUGUAAGAUAGCCUUAACUUUAGGGUAUUUUACUGUAUUGCAAAAGUAAUAUUGAAUUGUGUUUGGUUGUCAAUACAACCAAAUAUCAACAUUUGAAGGAGAUGUAUAUUUUAUGCCAGUGACCAAACAUCUAAGUCAAACAAUAGGACUAAAUCAAAUCAUUCAAAGAUGGAGACAUGAAUCCAACAUAUAAAUGAUUCAUUUGUAGACAAACUGGAAUUUAAGGCAGACUAAGUUAGUGGCACAGAUGGAACUAUCCAAGCAGAAGAUACAUCUCCUUCAAAUGUUGAUACAGUUGAAGUCGGAAGUUUACAUACACUUAGGUUGGAGUCAUUAAAACUUGUUUUUCAACCACUCCACACAUUUCUUGUUAACAAACUAUCAUUUUGGCAAGUCGGUUAGGACAUCUACUUUGUGUAUGACACAAGUAAUUUUUCCAACAAUUGUUUACAGACAGAUUAUUUCACUUAUAAUUCACUUAUCACAAUUCCAGUGGGUCAGAAGUUUACAUACACUAUGUUGACUGUGACUUUGAACAGCUUGGAAAAUUCCAGAAAAUGAUGUCAUGGCUUUAGAAGCUUCUGAUAGGCUAAUUGACAUUGAUUUGAGUCAAUCGGAGGUGUACCUGUGGAUGUAUUUCAAGGCCUACCGUCAAACGCAGUGCCUCUUUGCUUGACAUCAUUGGAAAAUCAAAAGAAAUCAGCCAAGACCUCAGAAAAAAAUGUGUAGACCUCCACAAGUCUGGUUCAUCCUUGGGAGCAAUUUCCAAAUGCCUGAAGGUACCACGUUCAUCUGUACAAAUCAAAUCAAAUCAAAUCAAAUCACAUUUUAUUGGCCACAUGCGCCGAAUACAACAGGUGCAGACAUUACAGUGAAAUGCUUACUUACAGCCCUUAACCAACAGUGCAUUUAUUUUAAAUAAAAAAGUAGAAUAAAACAACAAAAAAGUGUUGAGAAAAAAAGAGCAGAAGUAAAAUAAAAUAACAGUAGGGAGGCUAUAUAUACAGUAGGGUACCGGUGCAGAGUCAAUGUGCGGGGGCACCGGCUAGUUGAGGUAGUUGAAGUAAUAUGUACAUGUGGGUAGAGUUAAAGUGACUAUGCAUAAAUAAAUAACAGAGUAGCAGCAGCGUAAAAAGAUGGGGUGGGGGGGCAGUGCAAAUAGUCCGGGUAGCCAUGAUUAGCUUUUCAGGAGUCUUAUGGCUUGGGGGUAGAAGCUGUUGAGAAGUCUUUUGGACCUAGACUUGGCACCACGGUACCGCUUGCCGUGCGGUAGCAGAGAGAACAGUCUAUGACUAGGGUGGCUGGAGUCUUUGACAAUUUUUGCCUGAUCUUUUCAGUCUCCUGAGGGGGAAUAGGCUUUGUUGUGCAAUUUUUUCUUGAGCGAAUGGUCAGGGGGCUGCAUCAUAGUUACAAAUAGUUUGUAGACUGCAAAUUGACCGCAAGAAGCCCAAACAUUGUUUCAAAGGUACAAAUUCAACAUAUUUUAUGCAUGGUUUGUCUAGGUUGAAAAUUGGUUACUGUGAUGACAUAAUCCUGUGAUUGAAAUUUCAACUUCAAAACAACAGUUUACGUUGACUACUUUUUUCAAAUCAAUGUAUUUACCACGUACGUUGGCAAAUUACGUUGAAACAAUGUUGAUUUAACCAGUUUGUGCCCAGUGGGUAACUAUAUGUGUAGGGCAAUCUGAUGGACAGAUGUGGUGACCAGAAGUCUAAGGAACAGAAACGAUUGAAGCGCCUAAUAAAAAGUUAGAAAUGCUACUUUAUCAGUGUCUUUACGUAUAUAUAGAUUGGACUUAUGUACUCUGUCGAAGAGAGUUAGAGCUACAAGAAGAGUUUUUCACAUACAGUAGAUGUCACAUACUGAAUCACUGCAUAUAGCCAAAAUGACUCUGCCAGUUAAGCAGAUAGCCAGGUAUGCAUCUUCAAUCUGCGGUUUGUCAUCGAUUUAUAUUUAGGGUUUCUCUUCUAAAUAUGCAGCUGGGGCCACCCAUAUGAAAAUGAAUAUUUUGGCAUGUAUUAUUAAAUUAUUGAGUUAGGGAUUCCUCUGUGAGUGACACCCCUGGGCUGGGCUCUCUGUUCUGUGUCCCCUGUGUGUAUGCCAUGUCAGGGGUGAGCAGGAGGUCAGAGGCUGGGUUGUGACACAGUAGAAUAAGGAAGUGGAAGCGCAUGUGGUUAACCGCAACACGUGGCAAAGGGGCCCAGUGAAUGAAGGGAUGGAGAUGGAGGGAUAAAAGGAUGGAGGGAUAUACAAUAGAGGGAUGAAGAGAUGGAGAUGGGGAGAUAAAAGGAUGGAGGGAUAGUACACUAGAGGGAGUGAAAGGGGGGAUGGAGAGAUAAAAGGCAAGGGGAUAGACAAUAGCGGGAAUUACGACAACUGGAAGAUAAAAGGAAGGAGGGAUAGACAAGAGGAUGAAGAGAUGGAGAGAUAAAGGAUGGAGGGAUAGAACAAUGAGGGAUGAGAGAUGGAGAGAUACAAGGAAUGAGGGAUAGACAAGAGGGGAUAAGAGAUGGAGAGAUAAAAGGAUGGAUGUAAUAGAACAAUAUAGGGAUGAAGAUGAUGGAGAGAUAAAAGGAAGGAGGUAGACACUAAGAGGGAAUGAAGAGAUGGAGAUAUAAAAGGAGGAGGAUAUACAAAAUAAGGUGAAGAGAUGGAGAGAUAAAGGAUGGAGGGAAUAGACAAUAAGGGAUGAGAGAUGGAAGAUAAACGGAAGGAGGAAAUAGACAAUAGCGGGAUGAAAGAGAUGGAGAGAUAAAAGGAUGGAGGGAUAGACAAUAGAGGGAUGAAGAGAUGGAGAGAUAAAAGGAUGGAGGGAUAGACAAUAGAGGGAUGAAGAGAUGGAGAGAUAAAAGGAUGGAGGGAUAGACAAUAGAGGGAUUGAAGAGAUGGAGAAGAUAAAAGGAGGAGGGAUAGACAAUAGAGGGAUGAAGAGAUGGAGAGAUAAAGAAGGAUGACUGAGGAUGAAGAGAGGAGGAUAGACAAUGAGGUGUAGGAUGAAGAGAUGGAGGGAUAAAAGGAUGGAGGGAUAGACAAUAGAGGGAUGAAGAGAUGGAGAUGGGGAGAUUAAAGGAUGGAGGGAUAGACAAUAGAGGGAUGAAGAGAUGGAGAGAUAAAAGGAAGGAGGGAUAGACAAUAGAGGGAUGAAGAGAUGGAGAGAUAAAAGGAAGGAGGGAUAGACAAUAGAGGGAUGAAGAGAUGGAGAGAUAAAAGGAAGGAGGGAUAGACAAUAGAGGGAUGAAGAGAUGGAGAGAUAAAAGGAUGGAGGGAUAGACAAUAGAGGGAUGAAGAGAUGGAGAGAUAAAAGGAAGGAGGGAUAGACAAUAGAGGGAUGAAGAGAUGGAGAUGGGGAGAUGCUGGAAGGUAGUAUGAUUUAUUUUCUUCUCCGGUGGUUUGAGUAGAGGAUAACAUUGUUUAUUACAGGGACUCUUUAUUGCGUUGUUGCAACUCUCAGCUUGAUCACUUCCUAGCCUAGUAAUAUGCCCUAGACUGCCAUAUUGAUUUGAUAAUUAUAUAUUGGUCAGUGCUGCAUUUCUUCCCUCUACAUAUCAGUACUGUAGCCCCCUGUACAGUGGGUUGUCAAUGGUAUUGGCAUGAGCAUGUUCCUCACAGUCUGUUCUUAUGGCCCUGCCAGUACCAGGGACCUUUGGCAGCAGGGUCCUUUGGGAUUAGCUGUCUGCCUCCGUCACCAGGGUCAGCUGGGUGGCAGGGUGCUUGUCAGGGCCAAUGUGUUUAACUAACGGACACACAAAUAGAGACUCCCCUCCCGUCCCUCCAUGUGACUGUGUCACAACAUACACCAUGCCAUGAUGUGACAGAGACGGGAGGAAACAAAGCUACGCCACUGGUCACUGAUCUCAGGUUGUAUGUCAUACCUGGUUGGUGUGAGUGGGUAUGAUCCUCAGUUAUUAGAGUAGGGAUGCCCACUGAUACAGUGUCUUCUUGAACCUUCUUGAAGGUUCACAUUGCUAAGGAAUUAAGGUGCGUAUUGGUAAGGAAUUAAGGUUUGUAUUGCUAAUGAAUUAAGGUUCGUAUUGCUAAGGAAUUAAGGUUCGUAUUGCUAAGGAAUUAAGGUUCGUAUUGCUAAGGAAUUAAGGUUCGUAUUGCUAAGGAAUUAAGGUUCGUAUUGCUAAGGAAUUAAGGUUUGUGUUGCUAAGGAAUUAAGGUUCGUAUUGCUAAGGAAUUAAGGUUCGUAUUGCUAAGGAAUUAAGGUUCGUAUUGGUAAAGAAUUAAGGUUCGUAUUGCUAAGGAAUGAAGGUUCGUAUUGCUAAGGAAUGAAGGUUCGUAUCGCUAAGGAAUUAAGGUUCGUAUGGCUAAGGAAUUAAGGUUCGUAUUGGUAAGGAAUUAAGGUUCGUAUUGCUAAGGAAUUAAGGUUUGUGUUGCUAAGGAAUUAAGGUUCGUAUUGCUAAGGAAUUAAGGUUCGUAUUGCUAAGGAAUUAAGGUUCGUAUUGGUAAAGAAUUAAGGUUCGUAUUGCUAAGGAAUGAAGGUUCGUAUUGCUAAGGAAUGAAGGUUCGUAUCGCUAAGGAAUUAAGGUUCGUAUGGCUAAGGAAUUAAGGUUCGUAUUGGUAAGGAAUUAAGGUUCGUAUUGGUAAGGAAUUAAGGUUAGUCUGGUAAGGAAUUAAGGUUUGUAUUGCUAAGGAAUUAAGGUUUGUAUUGCUAAGGAAUUAAGGUUCGUAUUGCUAAGGAAUUAAGGUUCGUAUUGCUAAGGAAUUAAGGUUUGUAUUGGUAAGGAAUUAAGGUUUGUAUUGCUAAGGAAUUAAGGUUCGUAUUGCUAAGGAAUUAAGGUUCGUAUUGCUAAGGAAUUAAGGUUUGUAUUGCUAAGGAAUUAAGGUUUGUAUUGGUAAGUAUUCUUGUAAAUUAUCUCUGAAAAUGUACUACAUGUAAUUGCUUGAAUUAUGCUAGAUUUUGUGGGCUUUUUUCAUAUCUUAACAGGUAUUCCCUUGAAAUAUUGCAUUCAGUGGGGAAGGACAUUAUUUGGUUCAAUAUGUUUUAAACUUAAAAAACGAUUUCCUGAUUUCCCUGAAAUAAUUUCCUGGUACCUGCUGUGCAAAAGAGUCACAGAAUGUUGUAAUCAUAGAGGUGGGAAUUGAAUAGGGUUAAAAUGAUAGAAACAACUAAAUAAGGGAUUGACAACAAUGGGCUUGGGCCAGUAUCACGGUGCAGUGAUGUACUCACGUGUUUAUUUUCUUUGGCUGCUGUACUUUACAGUAUUUGUCCUGAAAGGGUAUACCGUAUUCUGCUUGAAAAGCAUUUAAUGCGAGGUGGACAAAAUAUCUGUCCAUUUGGUACAGUAUUACAGUUCCUUGCGAAGUUGGCAGUGGGCACGUUGUUUUAUGAUGCGUCAUGUGACCGCUGGCAAGGGCAGACAUACUCUGGAAGCCCACCCAGUCAGAUUCUAUGAGGUCAUCAUCACGCCACAAGCAGAUCAGACCAUAGAAUGAUGUAAUGGAUCAGACGCCUUUCCUGAGUAAGCAACAGACAGGCAAACAUAAUACUGACUGAUGUACACAGAAUAGUCUAGAAUAGACUUGAUUAAAAUAUAAAAUGUCUUUAUUUAUUUACAUUUUACAUUUUAGUCAUUUAGCAGAUGCUCUUAUCCAGAGCGACUUACAGUAGUGAGUGCAUACAGUUUCAUACUUUUUCGUACUUUUUUAUCCAUUUGCACAGAAAUUAGGCCCCUACAUGUGCAUUAUUCAGUACAGACAUUGUGCUUGCCAUGACUGCAGAUGUGUCAGUGACAUAGUGCAACUAAUGGCAGUAGCAACAGUCAUCGAAAUUGUUAAAAGGUUUUAAAAACAACUCUAAUAAAUGCAACAGUUGGACAAUGGAUGAAGAUAACUUUUUAAAUUUUUUAUAAUCCAUCAGAUAUUGACAUAACUAUAGCACAUAAACAAAUGUACUGGAACGGACAAAUAAUUAAUGGAGUUCAGGGAUGUUUGUGGGAAUUCAGGUAUUCAUUUUAUUGUCAUAUUUCACCUUUUUUAUUAGAAUGCACUCAUAUAUACAUUUUCUUAUUGUAUCAGGUAUGUUUUGUAUAUUUUGUGUUAAAAUAAAUUAAAUUACAUGUGCCUGAUUUGCAUAAAUAUGGUAGCUGUAUUUGCAUAUAUAAAUACAUUAACAUAAAGGGGUGGGACAUGGCUGCAACCACCAAACACUUGCUCUGUCUACCCUACCUGCACUGUCUAGACUGCCUCAUUAAUUACUGUUGUCAUGUUCUUUUGCAUAAUUCAAGAAGUGUGUCAAUAGCAGGAUACCCUCAGAUAAAAAAUCAACACGCUUGGCUCUAGAUUCCACCUAUCUAAACAUACUUUACAUUGUUUGCGAGAUCAGACAAAAUAUCACUAUAAUCCGAGUGUUCAUUUUCGGAAGUUGCUUUCAAUUUUGCGCAUCUAAUUUGUAAACAUUUAAACUGUAUUAAAUUAUUACUUUUUUCAAUUCCACAAAAAAAUUAACACCCAUCAAAAUAAAGUUAUCUUUCUUCUCUUUCUUGUGAUGUAAGUGUCGAGACGGUGUGUUUCAUCGCUGACAAAGCUUUAGCGUUCCUAUAGAUUCAACAGUAAAACAAUGUAUUCCAUUGAGCCCAUUUCAGCCAUUACCAGGGUGUGUUUGACAGGUCAUUACAAACAUUUCGUAACGUUAACGGGAAAAAACGUCAUGCAUAAACAAGAGUAUCAAAGAGUUACAGAAGUACAAUGAAAGCAAUCAAUCCAGCGAGAUUUAAGUGACAAGUGGAUUUUGCACCCCUCAAACACAGGAGAUAGAUGGCUGAAAAAGACAGAUCCUCAAGUGGGUGGGGCAUAUAUUUACAUUUUACGUCAUUUAGCAGACGCUCUUAUCCAGAGCGACUUACAGGAGCAAUUAGAGUUAAGUGCCUUGCUUAAGGGCACAUCGACAGAUUUUUCACCUAGUCGGCUCGGGGAUUAGAACACCUUUUUUCUAAGAGUGUAGGGUUGACGAUUGUCUUUUUUUCCUGUCCUGUGUUAGAUAUCUUUAUGAGCUACCGAGGCCAGUCGUUGGAGCAGGCUGCUUAUGCUGACUGUGGCUACUUUGAGAGUUCCUCCAGCGGGACUUUCCCCUCUGUGUUCAGCCCUGUGGUCACCGUUCCACAGCCACACGUCGACACUCAAAUAGCUCAGGUACAGUAGCACUUCGCUUGUCACUUUGGAAACUGUUGUUCUUCCACUGUUAGGGGACCGAAAAGUGAUGAAAAUGUAAACCAUUCACAUCAAAUUUGGCACAUAUUGCCUGGACUAUGUCUUGUUUGUUUUGUGUUCCUGUGUUUUCAUCACAUAGUUUGUGGAGGCUUUUUACUGUUAAAGUGAUUGGUUAUAAUAUAAAUUGUAGCCAAAAUUGUUUUAGUCAUGAUUAAUUAAACUUACAAUGAAUCUCUCUUCCAGUCCAACCUCUCAUCUGACAGCCUGUCUCAGCCCUCCUCAUCCAACUCUCUGUCAGACCCUGGCUACCACAGACAACCCCUGACCUCUGACAUGACCUUCAACCCCACUAACAACCCCAAGUUCAAAGGUCACCAACAACAGGAUUACCACAGCGUGUACCAUACACCCAGCAUGGUAUCAGGGGCCAAGCCCUCCUAUGGACACCAGACUUACCCCGGCACCACCGUCCCCAUCGCAACCACCAACAUACAACAGCAGCCCGUCUCCCCGGGAGACGGAACCUUUUUGUAUCCGCCUCCCUGUCACAAAUACGGUUACCACACCACCACUGCCAGCUCAGUGACCUCUACCGUCAUCACCCACACAGGAUCCACUAUGGGUGGCAGUAUCCUGGGAUCGGACCCCCAGGGUCAUCACGGGUACUCCACCACGGGAGACAUGUACUCCCCAACAUCCUGCCUCUCUCAGGGGUACUCGUCCGUGGUCUCGGCCCCGGCCCUACCCUCUCUCGGUGUACCUCCCCACUGCUUCUCAGCCCCACAGCAGCCGGGUGUGGAAGGUGGUAAAAGGGGGAAGCACAAGCAGAAGACAGCGGGGGGGGUGCAGAUGGGGUCCUGUCUGUCCACCCCUCAGUCGGCUCCCCCCCAGACCAGCUUCCUGGCGAAACUACUGUCCUCCAGCACACAAGAACGUGAGUACAUUCUUUCUCUUGUUUUUUCCUUCAUCAUACUUUCAUACUGCAGUGAUAAACUGAUGCACAUGCCGUUCCAACACUCUUGGUCUUGUAUUCACCAUUAUCCACUAUCACUGUCUUACAUAACCAUUAACCACUUUAAACCAUUGUACGUUUGUUUUACCUCCGCACAGUUCACUUUUGACCAUCUUGUUUUUAGGCAAACCAACGCUGGGAUUCGAUGCAACUUUAGUAGGAACCAAAGGGCACAGGUCAAGCUCUCCCAACUCUCCAGUAAGGCCAAUAUAGUUUCUUUAGUUAACACAGGUGUGAGUUUCAAAGACAUAAUUCAAACCUUUACUGCAGGUUACAGUUCUACUUUUAAUCAGAUAAUGUAUUUGGUUCAGCAUUCUAGUAGCAGCAUGCGUAUCGGAGGAGGGUCUGGAUCUCAGCUUCAGCCUGGGUCUCCCUGGUCCUCAGGGAUCCCACUUCUGGCACCAAUUCACUGCCAGACGUCCACCCAGGGCAACGCCGGGCUAUACGCUAGUACCUCCCACGGAUCUGCCGUCUCUGCUCUCCUCACCCAGGGCUCAACACACCCCAACACACCCCUCCUCAUCCCCAAGACAGAAAAACUCUCCCCUGUACAGAUCUACGGUUCUGAGAGAACUAGCUUAACAGGUAAUUAAGGAUGAACAUAAUUUCAUGUAAAAAUGUUAACAUGUCAUGUGUGGUUGUAAAGCAAAGUAAGCCAUUCCUCUUUGUUUGUUUGUUUGUUUGUUUGUUUGUUUAUAGUGAGCUUCUCGGGACACUCAGGCCAGAUGUCCCCAACCAACCUUCUAGAGAGGGCAUCCAACACUGAGUCUCCACACUCCUUACCUGGACAUUCCAAAAUGGAGUCAAACAAGGUAAGCAAAAAACAACUUGACCAUUCAUUACUCAAAGCUACUGUCUGAUAGAAAGACAAUGAUGAAUAAACAAAAGACUGAAAGGGAAAGGUAAGUUCUUAUUAUGUCUUUCCUAAAUUGAACUCAAGGUCUGGUUAUCAGACGCCUUAUGUGUUCUUUUCCAAAUCAAAUCACAUUAUAUUUGUCACAUGCGCCGAAUACAACAGGUACACCUUACAGUGAAAUGCUUACUUACAAGCCCUUAACCAACAAUGCAGUUCAAGAAAUAGAGUUAAGAAAAUAUUUACUAAAUAAACUAAAGUAAAAAAUAAAAAGUAACACAAUAAAAUAACAAUAACGAGGUUAUAUACAGGAGGUACCGGUACCGAGUCAAUGUGUGGGGGUACAGGUUAGUUGAUGUAAUUUGUACAUGUAGGUAGGGGUAAAGUGACUAUGCAUAGAUAAUAAACAGCUAGUAGCAGCAGUGUAAAAACAAAGGGGGGGAGGGGGGGGUGUCAAUGUAAAUAGUCUGGGUGGCCAUUUAAUUAAUUGUUCAGCAGUUUUAUGGCUUGGGGGUAGAAGCUGUUAAGGAGCCUUUUGGACCUACUUGGCACUCCGGUACCGCUUGCCGUGCGGUAGCAGAGAGAACAGUCUAUGACUUGGGUGACUGGAGUCUUUCACAAUUUGUUGGCCCUUCCUCUUAGUAUAUAGGUCCUGGAUGGCAGGAAGCUUGUCCCCAGUGAUGUACUGGGCCUUACGCACUACCCUCUGUAGCGCCUUACGGUCGGAUGCCGAGCAGUUGCCAUACCAGGCGGUGAGGUAACCGGUCAGGAUGCUCUUGAUGGUGCAGCUGUAGAACUUUUUGAGGAUCUGGGGACCCAUGCCAAAUCUUUUCAGUCUCCUGAGGGGGAAAAGGUGUUGUCGUGCCCUCUUCACUACUGUCUUGGUGUGUUUGUACCAUGAUAAGUGUUCAUUUUGUCCAGGUGGGAAAGGGCAGUGUGGAGUGCGAUUGAGAUUGCGUCAUCUGUGGAUCUGUUGGGGCGAUAUGCGAAUUGGAGUGGAUCUAGGGUUUCCGGGAUGAUGAUGUUGAUGUGAGCCAUGACCAGCCUUUCAAAGCACUUCAUGGGUACCGACGUGAGUGCCACGGGGCGGUAGUUAUUUAGGCAGGUUACCUUUGCUUUCUUGGGCACAGGGACUAUAGUAGUCUGCUUGAAACAUGUAGGUAUUACAGACUCGGUCAGGGAGAGGUUGAAAAUGUCAGUGAAGACAUGCUCUGAGUACACAACCUGGUAAUCCGUCUGGCCCUGCGGCCUUGUGAAUGUUGACCUGUUGAAAGGUCUUGCUCACAUCGGUUACGGAGAGCGCGAUCACACAGCCGUCCGGAACAGCUGGUGCUCUCAUGCAUGCUUCAGUGUUGCUUGCCCCGAAGCGAGCAUAAAAGGCAUUUAGCUCGUCUGGUAGGCUUGCGUCACUGGGCAGCUCGCGGCUGGGUUUCGAUUUGUGGUCCGUAAUAGUUUGCAAGCCCUGCCACAUCCGACGAGCGUCAGAGCCGGUGUAGCAGGAUUCAGUCUUAGUCCUUUAUUGACGCUUUGCCUAUUUGAUGGUUCAUCUGAGGGCAUAGCGGGAUUUCUUAUAAGCGUCCGGAUUAGUGUCCCACUCCUUGAAAGCGGCAGCUCUAGCCUUUAGCUCGGUGCGGAUGUUGCCUGUAAUCCAUGGCUUCUGGUUGGGAUAUGUACGUACGGUCACUGUGGGGAUGACGUCGUCGAUGCACUUAUUGAUGAAGCCGGUGAUUGAGGUGGUAUACUCCUCAAUGUCAUUGGAUGAAUCCCGGAACAUAUUCCAGUCUGUGCUAGCAAAACAGUCCUGUAGCAUAGCAUCCGCGUCAUCUGACCACUUCCGUAUUGAGCGAGUCACUGGUACUUCCUGCUUUAGUUUUUGCUUGUACGCAGGAAUCAGGAGGAUAUAAUUAUGGUCAGAUUUGCCAAAUGGAGGGCGAGGGAGAGCUUUGUAUGUGUCUCUGUGUGCGGAGUAAAGGUGGUCUAGAGUUUAUUUUCCCCUGGUUGCACAUGUGACAUGCUGGUAGAAAUUGGGUAAAACUGAUUUAAGUUUGCCUGCAUUAAAGUCCCAGGCCACUAGGAGCGCCGCUUCUGGGAGAGCAUUUUCUUGUUUGCUCAUGGCCUUAUACAGCUCGUUGAGUGCGGUCUUAGUGCCAGCGUCGGUUUGUGGUGGUAAAUAGACAGCUACGAAAAAUACAGAUGAAAACUCUCUUGGUAGAUAGUCUGGUCUACAGUUUAUCAUGAGGUACUCAGGAGAGCAAUACCUCAAGACUUCCUUAUUAUUAGACAUCACGCACCAGCUGUUAUUGACGAAUAGACACACACCCCCACCCCUCGUCUUACUGUUCUGUCCUGCCAAUGCACGGAAAACCCAGCCAACUGUAUAUUAUCCGUGUCGUCGUUCAGCCACGACUCGGUGAAACAUAAGAUAUUACAGUUUUUAAUAUCCCGUUGGUAGGAUAGUCAUCCAGUUUAUUUUCCAGUGAUUGCACGUUGGCCAAUAGAACGGAUGGUAGAGGUGUGUUACCCACUUGCAGACGAAUUCUCACAAGGCAUCCCGAUCUCCGCCCCCUGUAUUUCCGUCUUUUCUUCAUGCGAAUGAUAGGGAUUUGGGCCUGGUCUCAGAGAAGCAGUAUAUCCUUCGCGUCAGACUCAUGAAAUAAAAAAUCUUCGUCCAGUUCGAGGUGAGUAAUCGCUGUUCUGAUAUCCAGAAGCUCUUUUCUGUCAUAAGAGACGGUAACAGCAACAUUGUGUACAACAUAAGUUACAAACAAUGCGAAAAAACACACAAAAUAGCACAGUUGGUUAGGAGCCUGUAAAACGGCACCAUUCUUCAUUGCGCUCCACCAGUGUUAGAGAGAUGAAUAGUGUCUGUGUUGACAAGACCGUCAAUCGAUAGAUGUUGACAAUCUCAAUGUAUAAGCAUACAGUUCCUGAUCUAUGAGGUGUGUGUGUUGCAGACAGAGACCAGGAGGAUAACUCACAUCUCUGCUGAGCAGAAGAGACGUUUCAACAUCAAACUAGGCUUUGAUACUCUGCACAGUCUCGUCACCACACUAAGCUCUCAGCCAAGUAUAAAGGUAAGUACUGCAGUAGGAUAUCCAAGCUAUAAAAGAAUAAAGGUAGGUUACAGUGGAAGUCUGCACUGUGGCAAUUCCACUGGAACAGAAUGACGCUGAGACUUUUUCACUUUAAAAAGUAUGCCAAACAAAAACCGUUGAUAGCAAAGUUAAACAAACCAUACACCUCUAUGCACCAGGACUACUUGUAACAAUUUCCACAGAACAUUUUACAAAAACGAAUUAACUUGAAGAACAGAAUGACGGUAAAAUCUCCCUCAAUAUUUUUUAUGUGACCACGUUUUUCAAAAACUCAGUUAAAUAUCUACUCUGAAUAAAGAUUCAAAGAUGUCUGCAGAAGGAAUGGGGUGUCAGCUAUGAUAUGACAACUUGAGUUUAAAAAAAUUCAGUACAGUACAGUAAAGUACAGGAAAAUACAGUAGAUUAUACUGUACUCUACUCUAGUGUGCUGUACUGUACUAAACUCUACUGUACAGUACAGUACAGUACUAUAUUGUACUGACCUAUACUCUACUUUUCUUUACUGUACUGUACAGUGCUGUGCUGUCCAAACUUGUGAAACAGACGUCUAUGAUUGGUUCAGAUUUGGACUGACCAAAUUUCAACUACUUUUCAACGUCCAUGGACGUCCGGUGUCGGUCGAUGCACAGGCUGGUUACAGUAAAUGGAAAGAGAGUGGGCUCAUGGGUAGUUGUCAGUAAGAGCCGGGAGAGGUGACAUUAACUGGAGAGAGAGAGAGAGAAGAGAGACUGGGAGAAAGAGGGAGGGGUUGUCUAGACUGUUUUCACACUCUUGCUUUAACUACCAUGUUACAGAAAGAGAAAGAAAACAGUUAUGAGCUGAACAUAACAGUAUGCCAGUGGAAGGGAGGACAGUAGCAGGUGGCCCAACUGUGGUUUGUAACUACUAUGAAUUCCCAUUGUAGGCAAUUCAGUUGCAGUCAUUCUGUUACUGAUUUUUGGUCAUUCUGUUACUGAUCUGGUAACAGAAUGAUGCAUUUUAAUCACUUAAUAAAUCACAAACCAAAUUGUUAUCAGUAUAAACACUAUUGCUAAUUGUUAGGUCUACCUUUACUUGUUAAUUCUGUGAACUUUCAUUAUCCUCCCCUCAUGAGGGAGAGAAAUUAGAAAAUAUCUUAAAGAUAUGUGGUUUUUUGGUCACAGAAGACAAAUAAUUUCUGCAAAACUAACUAUAAAUGUUGAUAUUAGUUGGCAGGGCUCUUUACUUCAGCAUUAUUGUGUUUUUAUGUAUUUCUAAUACUUUUUAAGACUUUUGCUGCUAGAUGUUUUCUAAGACCCCUUUUCCAACUGUUUGACCAGAAAUCAAGGCCUUAGCUUUUUUCUAUGUUUUUGGAAAAUGGUUGAUUGUUUUUAUAUGCCUUAAUUUCUCAAAUAUAUAGACUCUUAUCAUUCAUUUGACACCAACUUCUAUGUGCUACUAUGAACUUCAUAUUAGUGCUCAUGCGGGUUUUUACAUGGAAAUGCCUACUACACAACACAAGUCAUAGGGGUGUAGAGGAUAGGAAGCUGCAAUGAGCGGGAUUUAGGAACUGUUAUCAACCCCAAUCACCUCAGUUACAGUAACACACAAUGGUUUUAGCAAUCAUAUCCUACCACUAUUCCAAACACACAGCAUGAGAAUCAGUGUGGUGUUGCCCAGCAGUAACCCCUUUGUCCCAUAGAAAUAGAAUAAAUAAAUGGAACAUUAUGUAUCUACAUUAUUGUCUCUGUGCUCUGUCCCGUGUCCCAGAUCAGCAAGGCCACAACGCUACAUAAGACAGCCGAGUACAUCAGCAAGAUGCAGCAGGAGAGAACUCAGCUACAUGAGGAGGCUCAGAGACUCAGGGACGAAAUUCUGCUCCUCAACUCUGCCAUCAAGUAAGACCACCGUCUUGAAACACAUUAAACAUAAUCUGAGUGUGUGUGUUUGUCAAGUACGCAUGUGUCUAUGUGAUCAUACCACUUCUCUUUCCGAUUCAGUGUGUGCCAGCAGCAGCUGCCUGCCACUGGUGUGCCCAUCACCCGCCAACGCUUCGACCACAUGAGGGAGAAGUUCAGAGAGUACGUCCGGGCACAGACACUACAGAACUGGAAGUUCUGGAUCGUAUCCUUAAACUCAGUGAUAGGACAGUUAAGAGAAGCGUAGAUUCAGUGGGUUCAAAUAGUAUUUGUUUUUCUUUCAAAUAAUGUACUUUUUCUGGAGCUCCAGAUGGUAUUUUAUUGUAUCUUAUAGAUACUGCAUUGUUUACAUUGCACCAGACAAGAUCAGUCAAUCGCAGCUACUGUAUUUGGAAAAAGAUAAACUAAUGGUCUGGUUUGACUAGUAGCGCACAUAUGAACAGCCAAUCAGAAGUAUGUAUAUGUAUAUUUUGAAUCAUAUAUUGUAAAUUCUAUCAUUUGUAUGUAUGUCUCAUAAUAAUACAUGAGUCAGAAUGGUGCUUUCCUAAACACGGGCUCAGUUCAGCAUCAUCAUAGAGCCCUUGUUUGAGUCAUAUAACGGGAUGGUGUCCACCGCCAGUGUAGAGGAUCUGUGUCGCACCACUCUGUCCUGGCUGGACCAGCACUGCUCUCUGCCUGCCCUCAGACCCAGUGAGUUCAACAUCACUAGCUUCAAUGACUAUCAGUUCGUCAUCUAGUCUGUCUGUCUGUCUGUUAGUCAUCUCGUUUUUGGUCUAUCUGUCUGUGUGUUUAUCUGUCUGUCUGUCAGUUAGUCACCAAGUGUUACUCUGUGUGUCUGUCUAAUCUUUCUUCAUCUCCCUGUUACCUGAUCCUCUCCUCAGCGGUCCUUAGUUCACUCCGUCUCCUGAGCACCUCCACGUCCAUCCUGA